UAUAUCCUCAACAGCCUCAACAUAGAAGCUAAGCAAUAUAACACUUGUAAUUGAAGAGCCACUGGUAUCGUCUAUAUAUAGUCACUUCUUGAACCGCAAUUUUUCACAAUUAAGUUGAAGCAACUCAUUGAGUACAUUACAAGAAACAUCUCUCAAACACUUCCACUUAACUACUUAAGCAUAUAGCUUGCAUAUUCUCUGUUGCAGAAAUGGCAAUGGUUACAGAAAUGGGCGUCGAGUACCCAGUUGUGAUCUUCAGCAAAAGCUAUUGCUCGAUGUCCCAUUCCAUUAAGACCCUGAUAUGCAGUUUUGGGGCAAACCCGACUGUUUAUGAGAUCGAUGAGCAUCCAAAUGGUAAGCAGAUGGAGAAGGAACUGACAGCUUUAGGACGUAAGCCAAGCGUACCUGCUGUGUUCAUAGGCCAGGAGCUUAUUGGAGGAGCCAACGAGGUGUUUAGCCUCCAUCUAGAGGGCAAGCUGGUGCCACUGCUCAAAAAGGCUAAUGCUAUAUGGGUGUAACUGACAAGGCAUAUCCAUGUAUCAGUUUAUUAGUGUUUAUAUUAACACACAGCAUAUUUUUGGCUUAGCUGAUAUCAAAGAAUAGCUCCUGUACUAACAAUAAUUAUCAAACCUUGAUAUGUACUAUGUUUUAUCAAUAACCAAUACCUUGCUUUUAACUGCGCAUUGUGAUCUUUGAUUGAACAUUCAGUAACGAUAUCAACAUGGAC